AUGAAUGCACAAAUUACCCAAAACACUUUCUGCACAUACACAGGCUCCCAAGGAGAAGUGCCACAUACAACCAUCUUCUUCAUUUCUGGCAACCCUGGCCUGGUUAGCUACUAUCAUCCAUUCCUAUCGCUGCUGGGCCAGCACCUUUCACCCGCCCAAGAAGAACAAAAAAAUGGAAAACAUGAUACAGAGAAAUCAGCCUCGUCUUCUCCUUCAAUUCAAAUCUAUGGAUGCAGCCUAGGCGGUUUCGAGGUCAACCCCGAAUCCACUUCACAGAAACUCUAUAACUUGGAAGAUCAGAUCCAGUUUGUUCAUAACAAGCUUGAAACCUUGAUGGUCACAAACAAACAUGCUUCUACCAGCGCCAAUGGCACACCCAAACCUUCGCCUGCAUCAAAGCAUAAGGUAAUCCUCAUCGGCCACUCCGUCGGCGCAUACAUCGCCAUGGAGAUUCUCCGACGCCACCGCGAGGCCGACUCAGCCCCCGAAUCCCAAGCUCAGAAUACCAGCUCAGAUUUCGAUAUCAUCGGCGGUGCAAUGCUCUUUCCAACGGUCAUGCACAUCGCCGCCUCACCCUCCGGGCAGAAAUUAACUCGCCUUCUAUCCGUAAUCCCCAGUCUAGCCCUUAUAGUCGGCCUCUUCGCUCGUCUCCUCGUUCAGGUCCUUCCCACCGCGGUGCUCAAAGCCGCUAUCAAGCUCGUUAUGCACGAUCCGCCCGCCCAUGCCCUCGAUGCAACCGCCACGUUUCUCAGCGGCUGCGGCCACGUUCAACAAGCUCUACAUAUGGCCGCCGAUGAAAUGCGCACCAUCACAUCGGACAAGUGGACCGACGACGUCUGGGGUGUGGCGCACACACGCGAGCCGCUAACCAAGUUGUUCUUCUACUUCGGGCGUGGGGAUCACUGGGUUGCAGAAGAGACACGGGAGGAGAUUAUUGCGUUGCGGGGGCAUGGUCCGCGCAUGGUGGUUUGCGAGGAGGGUCUGCCGCAUGCGUUCUGUCUGAAACAUAGUGAUUUUAUGGCUCGGAAGGUGGCCGGAAUGAUUGGUGAGAUUGUUGGGGGUGGAGAGUUUGUAUAG